CUGGUACAAAAAAGCCAUCAUCAAUAAUCUAUUCCAAAUAGGCAACAUAUUUUUCCUUUUUGUGAUUUUCACUGAUGUUACGAGUGUAUGGCAACAUUUGCGAGUAAAAGAAAACCAAAAUCAAAAUAUAUACGAACAGAAACAAAAGAUAACACUGAAAAUUCAAUUAAUUAAAUGAAAAAAUACAAAUUGAAGAAACUCCAUUUAUAAUCAUGUCUGAAGUGUGUAUUGAUUAAAUCAAAAUAAAUAAAAAACGUGAAAAAUAAAACUAGUAGCAAUAAAAAGAAAUAUUAUGGAACCCAGCAUCAAAUCGGAACCAUGUGAAACCUUAUAUUGUGAACAGGAAAAUGUCAAUGGCUUAAAAAUGCAUAAUCCACAAAGUUUUAAAAGGACUUAUGAGGACAUGAUAGAUAGCAGAAACAAACAGCAACAUCAUCUAAAUAACUUUUUUGGAGAAGUUAAUCAUGUAACGCAUCAGAUAGACAUAGAAAAUGGAGGUUUUAAUCAGGAUUAUAAUAUGCCAGAGCCAAAUGCAUCGGACUGCAGACGUUUAAAGAAAUAUAAAAGAUUAGAAGAAAGUGUGUUAUUUAAUCCGCCGUUUUUUAAAUUGGUGGAGAAAUUUAUAUUACCCUCUCAAAAAGAAGCUAUUGCAGCUCGCUGCUACUCUUGCGGCAGAAUCGUAAAAGGCAAUCGUGGUAUUUCAUCCAAUUUUAUUAAACACAUGAAACGUGCCCAUCCGGAGGUUAAUCAAAUCUAUGAAAACUAUAAAGCAAACAAAAUAAAAGCAGGUCAAUUUCCCACAUUAGCACAAAUACAAGAAACACACAAUAUAACUACAAAUUUUGCAUCAGGUUCAGACAGUAAUGCUACCUAUUCAAAUGAUGAGACUAAUCAAUUUAAUGAAGUGGAUAAUCCAUUAGAAGCUGCCUCCGCCAUUUAUGAGUCUUCAGAUGAAAAUGAGGAAGAGAAAAGUUGCCUAGAAUCACAAAUGCAAGUAGUAAAUAAUAAAGAAUGUGUUGCUCAGGAAUUACCAGCAAAAACUUUAGAAAUAUUUCAACAAAUGAUAGAGGAAAAAUUGCAAAAUUAUGUCCAACAAAAGGAAUAUGAACAAUUAAAUGGUAAAUUCAAUGAAAUAAUUAAAAAACAACCUUCUAGUGAUGUUAGCACGUAUGCAGCUUUAUCGGAACUAAAAAUAGAAGUGGAUAAUUUAAAAAAGGAAUGUGCUGUAUUACGUGUAUCCCUACAACAGUCUCAGGCUAGUAAACGCCAGCUUCAGAACGAACUACUAACCGUGGAGCGACAACUGCACGAACGUAAACUUAUUAUAAGAAAUCUAACAGUAAAAGAUCCGGAGCAACCUUUAGAAUCGGUACAAAAAUUAUUAAGCAACAUUUUGAAUCUAGACGAUAUCAAAAUUCUGAAUUGCUGCGUAAUACCCUCAACGAAAACCACUGCUAACACAGCGCACAAAGAGUGCCUAUCCAUAGAAUUAGAUAGUUCUCAAGCUUGUAAGGCCAUAUUACGUCAAGCGCAUAAAUUAAAAGAUACGGGCAUUUUUAUAGAACCGGAAAUAUCGCCGUUUCAGCGUAAACGUAAAAAUAAAUUAAUGGUUUUGCGCAAAGAGCUGCUGAGACGUAAGCCCGAACUUAAAGUAUUAGUACGCGAUACCACCCUAGUGGUAGAGAGUAAGAAAUUUUAUUGGGAUGAUGUGGAAGGUUUGUGUCAUGACGGUAAAUAUGAGGCAAUUGAGUUGAAUGGUGUUGACUACUUGAAACAGCUUAGUGGUUUAGACUUAAGGGAAUUUAUAAAUGUUUUACAAAAUUAUAAUAUACAAAUAAGUUAAAAUAUUCAGUACAUAUAUAUUUUACAAUUUUUUAUUUAAUAUUUAUUGAUUUUCCAAAAAAGUUGUUUUUUUAAUCUGAAAAAACAAAAAAUAAAGAGAUUUUUAACGGAAAAAUUCAACUAGUCAUGAUAAAAAUAUUGUUCUAAUAUGACUAGAGUGGAGUUUAGAGUAAUUCACUUACACUCAAAUAUGUACUCAAGUAUGUAUUAUAUUUUCUUAUUAUAUUAUCUUAUAUAAAUGUUUAUAUUUCAACAAAAAAUGUAUUAAAAAUUUUACAAAAAAUAUUUUAAAAA